GAUAUAUCAUCUACCUCAGUUGGCAUAUCGAAAAUACAUACCUCCCCUUCGGCAGAACGUUUCGUGGUUGCUGUUCAACGAGUUGAUGAUCUUGUGAAUGAUGCUGGUGACUUACUCGUGGAGAGAAUUUCUGCUGUUCUUAUAAACUUUGAUUUACGAGACGAACAAUUGCUUGUAAACAAUGUGCCCGUUCCAUUAGGGAUUAAUUCCAUCCAAGUGAUUAAAGCACAAAUUAUUCCGGAAAAUAAAGAUAUUAAUCAAUAUGAAAACAACUUUGACAAUGGUCUCAUUACUGUCGAAGUUAAUACAGCUGCUGAAUCUUUAUCUACCGAAGAGAAAGGAGUAUCCCUUCGUCGUGUCAAAAUUUCCGUCCGCAUAACAGAAAUUGAUGGAGCAAAAGUUAAUCAAGUUGAUAUCAUUAAAAAAGCUUUUGAAUUUAAAAGCCUUAAAACUGUUGGUGGAGGCCAAAAUUUAGAAAUUGCUACUGUGCACAUCAAAAGUCAUUCUUGUUCUAUGAUCAAACGUCUCCGUCAUUGGUGGCAUUCUUCCUCUUGGCUUGCACAUCUUGUUACUGUUGCUUUAUUCUUUACAUCAAUCUUUGGAAUUUUCUUUAUUAUUGUCCGUAAUACUAUAGAAGGUUUUAUGGUAUCAUUAUUUCCACAAACUCCUUAUCAGAUUGUUAGUCAAUAUGAUGAUUAUGAUGAUGGACAAGUAGAAAAAGUGAUCUUUAUAGCCGACGAAGAAAAACGUGCAUUGAUGAUGAAACAAGAAACAGAGAAAAAUUAG